AGUGUUACGCGCGCGACAGCGUCUACGCGUGUUUUGUGCAUUAUUUUUGUUUCUCCCGUGCCGGUGCGUGCGGCCGCGUAAUCGAUCGUUUCACGUUUGUUCACGUUCCCCGUGCUCGGCAGACGGACAGACCCGGUUCGUAGCCCAAUCUCGCCAUGAUCGGCGUGUUCAGCACGGUCGUCAGCCAGUCCCGGCUCACCCGGAUCAAGCUGGUGAUCAUCGACAACCCGGCGUUCCGCGUCCACUAUCGGCUGACGUUCGCCAUACUGCUGGCGUGCACCACGCUGGUGUGCAGCCGUCAGUACAUCGGCGAGCACAUCCGGUGCAUCGCCACUGGCGUGCCCAACAACGUGGUCAACACGUACUGCUUCUUCACCGCAACGUACACGGUGCCGGACACCAACCACUCGGCCCACCCCGGCGUCGGCCCCGUCCACUGGGACUCGCGCACCGUCCGCCACUCGUACUACCAGUGGGUUCCGUUCGUGCUGUUCGGCCAGGCUCUGCUCUUCUACUUGCCGCAUCUCAUAUGGCGCUCGUACGAGUCAGGAACCAUCGCACUGCUCGUCAACGGGCUGCAGCGACUGUACCUCAGGGUGGAAGGAGACAAGGACGUGUCGGUGCCCGGUUCCAGGAGCAUACCGUCCGAGGCGACUAGGUGGGCGAAAAUGCGAGACGUCAUGAACCACCUGGACACGGUCACCCGGUUUCGGUUGAACCGCAACUGGGCCGCGGUGCUCAUCGGGUGCGAGGUGCUCAACCUGGUCAACGUCGUGUUCCAGAUGAAGCUCAUGGACAAGUUCCUGGGCGGCCAGUUCUACGGAUACGGGCUGCACGCGUUCGACGACGACAACGGCAACAGGCUGUUCGACCGGGUGUUUCCCAAGAUGACCAAGUGCGACUUCCACAAGUUCGGGCCGUCCGGCACCAUGCAGACGCACGACGCCAUGUGCGUGAUGGCGCUCAACAUCAUCAACGAGAAGAUCUACGCCGUCCUGUGGUUCUGGUUCGUUCUCGUCCUGCUGCCCGUCAGCGUGUCCGCUCUCCUGUGGCGCGUCGCCCAGUACAUGCUCCACUCGCGCGAGUCCUUCAACAGGUUGCUGCUGCGUGAGGCGUCCCCCGGUGCCCGCCUCGACCCCGUCGACCUGGCCGUCAUCGCCAGGCAGACCACGUACUCCGACUGGCUGUUCAUGUACUACCUGUCCGGCAACAUGGACGGCAUCGUCUUCCGGGACCUGUUGCACAGUUUCGCCACCGGACUCCGGAAGGAACCGGGUUCGCAGGACAGCGACGACGACGACACGGCGCCACUGGGCAAGGCAAUCUGAUCGACGCCACUGCCAUCAUCAACGCCGCCGCGCGCACGACUGCCGUUUAUAAUUUAUUGCAAUAUUAUUAUGAUCACUUAUGCGCGCGACACGGUCCUGCAAAGGUCAUGUCCAGUUCUGUGUUAGUAGACGUCCCUUAAUUUUCUCAAAGAGCCAGUCGUGUGCGUGCGUGCGUUUCCCUUCUACCCCUCCCCCCUCCUGUGAUCAACUCAUCUUUUACUGUCACUCCCAGUCCCCCGCCCCACAACCCAUCCUAUAGUGACAAAUUUAUAUUAUAUACUUCUUAUAACUCAAUAGAAUGUAAUAUUAUUAUUUGUAAUGACGCGGUGUCACGAUCCCGCCAGUUUUCAAUUUUUGUUUUUUUUUUUUUUUGUACGUUUGUAAUUCCACCCAAACUCGCGUUGGAUCCAAAAAUCAAACCGACAAAAAGUCAAUGUCGGAGAAAAAAAAGUAAUAAAAUAAUAAUGGCAAUUAAAUGUUUAUCA